GCCCGCCGCAGCCCCGUACCCUCGCCCCCGCCCCGCGGGACCCCGCAGGCUGCGGAAGAGUCGCGGCUGGAGGGAGGCGGCCGAGCAGCCCGCGCCGGGGAACUGCGUUUCGCGCGCCGGGGUCCUCCGCGUCUGCAGAGAGCAUGGAUAAUCUCAGUGAUAUAUUGAAGAAGCUAAAGAUAACUGCUGUUGACAGAACUGAGGAUAGCUUAGAAGGAUGCUUGGAUUGUCUGCUGCAAGCCCUGGCUCAAAGUAAUAUGGAAACAAGUGAAAAAAUUCAAGGAAGUGGAAUACUUCAACUAUUUGCAAGUCUAUUGAUUCCACAGUCUUCCUGCACUGUCAAAGUAGCUAACAUCAUAGCAGAAAUAGCAAAAAAUGAAUUUAUGCGAAUUCCCUGUGUGGAUGCUGGAUUGAUUUCACCCCUGGUACAGCUGCUGAAUAGCAAAGACCAGGAAGUGCUGCUUCAAACUGGCAGGGCUCUAGGAAACAUAUGUUAUGAUAGCCAUGAGGGCAGAAGUGCAGUUGACCAAGCAGGUGGUGCACAGAUUGUAAUUGACCAUUUAAGGUCACUGUGCAGUAGGACAGAUCCCGCCAAUGAGAAGCUCUUGACUGUCUUUUGUGGCAUGCUGAUGAACUAUAGCAAUGAGAAUGAUUCCCUUCAAGCUCAGCUUAUCAAUAUGGGUGUUAUUCCUACCUUAGUGAAAUUACUGGGCAUCCACUGUCAAAAUACAUCUCUUACAGAAAUGUGUCUUGUUGCAUUUGGCAAUUUAGCAGAACUUGAGUCAAGUAAAGAACAGUUCGCCAGUACAAAUAUUGCUGAAGAGCUGGUAAAACUUUUCAAGAAACAAAUAGAACAUGAUAAGAGAGAAAUGAUUUUUGAAGUCCUUGCUCCAUUGGCAGAAAACGAUGCUAUUAAACUACAGUUGGUUGAAGCUGGUCUGGUAGAAUGUCUGCUAAAUAUUGUUCAACAGAAAGUAGACAGUGACAAAGAAGAUGACGUUGCUGAGCUGAAAACUGCUUCAGAUUUAAUGGUUUUAUUACUUCUUGGAGAUGAAUCCAUGCAGAAGUUAUUUGAAGGAGGAAAAGGAAAUGUAUUUCAAAAGGUCCUGUCCUGGAUUCCAUCAAAUAACCAUCAGCUACAACUAGCUGGAGCAUUGGCAAUUGCAAAUUUUGCCAGAAAUGAUGGGAAUUGUAUCCAUAUGGUAGACAAUGGAAUUGUGGAAAAGCUUAUGGAUUUACUAGACAGACAUGUAGAAGAUGGAAACGUAACCGUGCAGCACGCAGCCCUGAGUGCGCUCAGAAACCUGGCCAUCCCAGUUGUAAAUAAAGCAAAGAUGUUAUCAGUUGGAGUCACAGAGGCAGUUUUAAAAUUCCUUAAAUCUGAAAUGCCACCAGUUCAAUUCAAACUUCUGGGAACAUUAAGAAUGUUAAUAGAUGCACAAGCAGAAGCUGCUGAACAACUGGGAAAAAAUGUUAAAUUAGUGGAGCGUUUGGUGGAAUGGUGUGAAGCUAAAGAUCAUGCUGGUGUGAUGGGAGAGUCAAAUAGACUACUCUCUGCCCUCAUACGACAUAGUAAAUCAAAAGAUGUAAUUAAAACCAUUGUACAAAGUGGUGGUAUUAAGCAUCUGGUUACCAUGGCAACUAGCGAACAUGUAAUAAUGCAGAAUGAAGCUCUUGUUGCUUUGGCAUUAGUAGCAGCUUUAGAAUUGGGCACUGCUGAGAAAGAUCUAGAGAGUACUAAACUUGUACAUAUUUUACAUAAACUGCUAGCAGAUGGUGAAAGUGCUCCUGAAAUCAAAUAUAAUUCCAUGGUCCUAAUCUGUGCUCUCCUGGGAUCUGAAUCUCUACACAAGGAAGUACAGGAUUUGGCCUUUCUAGAUGUUGUUUCUAAACUUCGCAGCCAUGAGAACAAAAGUGUGGCCCAACAGGCCUCUCUCACAGAGCAAAGACUUGCUGUGGAAAGCUGAGAAUCGCCAUUCUCUGAUAAAUAGCCUCCUCCCUUCUCUGAUUUCCCUGUUGUUCUCCAUCCAGCUGCCUCUUCUGCUUCAUUCUCUGCCAUAUCACUUGCGCAUGUGUGUAGUGUUCCUAUACAGUUACAAAACUGCUGUCAGUAUCUGCUCAAUAAGAUUUAUAAACCCAUAGCUAGUGUGAACAUGAAUUUGUCAGAAACAAGUUUUCACACCUAACUGUUCUAUUGUAUUCCUGUUGCCUGAACUCUGUUGAGUAGAAUGUGCAUGUUGUAGUCCUAUGAUGACGUAAACUUAGUACUACAUAAUGACUUAUUCCUCACACUUUGGUAAACUACAUAAUAAUGUUCUGAUAAAUUAGAAGCAAGCAAGAAUGCAGCAGAAUCUAUCUAGUAUUUUAAGAUGGAUUUGAAUAGUAAAAAUAGUUUAAUUUUAUUGAUGCUUGGGAAGCACAUUGACCAAAAAUUGUAUGACUGCUUAUUCAUUUAGUCUUACCUACUAAUGUCAAACUCAUGGUACCUAGAGUUAAAUAAAAACACAUUGCUUUCACAAUUUA